AUGCACUUAAACUUACCGGACCAAUAUCAAACGGACACGUCAUGUCUAUUACACCCUCAGACUCACUUUGUACAACUUCAAAUCAAAAACACAGCCGAUUGUCAAAUUUUGGAGCAGGUAGAUCUGGAUGCGUGCCAUCGCAGCGAUUUCUCAACCUUCAAGUGUACACGACUUCUAGGACUUUCAGACUUUUUAAGUGGUGGCGCCGACCAGGGACGUUCCCAUUCACAUGGAAGUAGCCGAAGCAAGUUUGGGCUCUUUGCUGGACUCGUCGACAUCGGUAAUCAAGCUCCAGUUGUCAAUUUCACGAUUCAUAGAUUGCUACAGACCAAACUGUUCAAGCUCGACUAUUCUGAAAACGCUCUUGACAAGAUCUAUUCCAACACAAAUUCUCUCGCCCUAAUAGCCUUCGGGACAUGCGCCUUUCAAGAGCUACCCCUCCAGGAGUGCUCUGUGGUCUUUUUUGAUAUUAGCCACUUCAUUUCAGAUCAACUCAUCAAAAGAUUAUCCCAUAUCGUCCAAGCCUUGUCGCAUUUGGGUCCGAAUGUAUUGAUAGCACGCUAUCAGUUGCAUACAAAGCAAACGGAAGAAGGCUCGAGCCCUCUCUGCGUACAUCACAGUAUCUUCCAUUUUUUCGACCGACCGAUUUCGGAAGAAGUUUAUUUUCACAACGCGGGUACGACUUCCACUGAUCAAAGUAUAUGUUUGCGCGAAUCCUUCAAGCCAAGUUCGACCAAACCAUCUGAAACGGGUGAUGAACAAAGUUCCUCAUCUCGGCCGGAUUCACCUUCUCUCGAUCUCACUGUUGUUGGUGUCACUCCAAACCCCGAGGAGUGUAAUCAUAAGCCGAUAAGUAUCAAUCUGCCCGACGAUGAAGAGCCAUUUGAGGUGGACCCAGAUAUCUGGCAAUUUUUACACAACAAACAACAACAAUACCCUCAAUACUGGCUUUCAUGUAAGGCACACCAAGACUCCAUAUCAUAUGCUAUGAGUCCAAGUUGA